ACUAAAAAUCAAAAUUGUUAGCGAAGCUUAAAGCUUCUUCUUUUAUGAUUAAGCUUCCGAUUCGCAGAAUGACCGAAUUUGAGAGUAUCGGAGCGUAUCGUAUCGGACUGGAUGAGUCGUAUCGGUCUCUGCCAUCGGUUUACUUGGCCUUCUUGUCCAUCUGGUUCGUCUCGGCCUGCUCUUGGACUAUCAACACCUAUAACAACCGCCAUCUCCAGACGAAUAAUUUGCAGUGGACGCUUGCAUCUGUUCCAUUAAUUAAAGCCUUGCAACUUACGUUGUCGUUCCUCUUCUGGUAUUCAUGCUUUCAUCUUCAAAUAUGCUCUCUAUGGAUGUCAUUUGGAGUGUAUGUAACAGGAGUGAUUUUUCAGACAGCUUCUUUUGUGUCUUUUUUACUCAUCUCUCAUGGUUACUGCAUCAUGUGCGAGCGUCUUUCAGUAACUGAGCGGCGCACUACUGCUUCCCUUGGCUGUGUCUUUUACUUGACUCUUGUUGGAUACAGAGCUUCUGUACCUUAUUUCUCUGUGCUAUUGCUGCUUAACUAUUUCAUUUCAUUCUACGUGAUAUUCCACCACAUAUCCCAGAAUCUGUUAGUGUUGCGUGAACAAUUAAGUUUUAUAGAUAAUGAGGAUGUUCAUGCAAUGCAUGAUGCAGUCUAUACGAAGUACAUCAUGUUCAAAAAAUUCCAAGGUGCAAUGCAGAUAGUAGCCAUGGCAGAGACUGUGAUAUACAUUAACAUGGAUGACUCAUCAGAAAAUUAUUGGAUUCGCUUGCUAGUCCGAGAAUGGGCUCAGUUCUGCAUCUUUGUUUACAUAGGGUGGACUUUUAGGUCAAGGGACUUGGCACCGCGAUUCUCUGUUAUGCCAACUUUAAAAUCUAAAGGAGAACUAGUGGUGCCUCCAAUUUAUAGCAUUGAAAUGGACGCAGAAACUUUCAGAGAUUUCACGAAGCAUGAAUGGCACAUUGGAGUGCCAACUACACCUUCCUGUGAUGAAAGCUCCAUGGAUUCUGUCUUGGUAAUAAUUCAGCAUCCACAUGCAUAUAGGCCAACCGCAGCCGGAAAAUCUUGUCAAAGCCGAGGGCAGCCAGUGUAGCACUUCAAAAAUUCAACUACCGAUGUCAAAACCGCUUCACUUCACAUGCAUGCAUGGAGCAAAGCAAAGUAACUGAUACAGUAGUUCAAACAUCUUCCUGUGGCUAGCUUAGCUACUUCGGUCAUGAGACAAGCCAACAGCACAUUUUCCUCAAGUUUCUAGUCCAAUGCAAUUCCCGUGUAGACAAGUCUGAUUGCAAGGGCUUUUGAGUUGUGAAAUGUUCAUUCACAAGGCAGCAGCCCAUCUAUACUUGUAAAUAAAUACAACCAACGAAUCAAAUUGUACAAAUCGGCCAAAAGUUAGAAAAUGAAUUGUAUCUUCUUUUCCCCUUUA